GGGUAUAAGAGUCAGAAGCAGGACCUGAUGAACAUACACUCAGAGUGAGUCUGGGCAUCACCAUACGCACCGAACGCACGGGCAUCAUGUCUUCCAGCGGGGAUAAAAAGGCCACCUCCCAGACAGACGGCAAAGCCGCCCAGCCCAAAAAAGCUGAAAUGCCCAUGAUAGCUUACAAGAUGUACGUGUUUGACCAGGAGAACUUCCAGGGCCGCAUGAUUGAGAUCAACGCCGAAUGCAAGAAUGUGUGUGAAAUGGGCAUGGACAAAGUUCGCUCACUGCGUGUGGAAUGUGGCCCCUUCGUGGGCUGGGAGCAGAUGAACUUCUGUGGAGAGAUGUAUGUCCUGGAGAAGGGCGACUACCCUCGCUGGGACUGCUGGAGCAACAGCCAAAGGAAUGACUACCUGCUCUCCUUCAGACCUGUCAGAAUGGACCCUGAGAAGCACAAGAUCUGUCUGUAUGAGGUGGGCAACUUCAAGGGCCGCAAGAUGGAGAUCAUGGACGAUGAUGUCCCCAGCUUGUACUCCUACGGCUUCACCGACAGAGUGGGAAGCAUCAUCGUCAGCUGUGGAACAUGGGUGGGCUACCAGUACCCCGGUUACCGUGGCAGCCAGUACUUGCUGGAGAAGGGCGAGUACAGACACUUUAACGAGUACGGUGCCCGCUGGCCCCAAAUGCAGUCCGUGAGGCGUAUCCGUGAUAUGCAGUGGCAUCCACAAGGCUGCUACACCAUGGCCGCCAAGUGA